AUGACCAUGAGGACUGAGAAAAGAACAACAGCAGCAGCAGCAGAGCGGAUAUGGAUUCAUUGCAGGAAAGAAUUAAUAAGGAUAAAUGCUUUUGAGGAUUUUGGAAUAUAUUUCCCACCGGAAGGAACCAUAGACUUGAAAUCAACAGUGUUGACAAAAGGGUAUAUUCAUAAAGACAUCAAUCUUCUGCCUCCCCAAAUGAAGCAAACACUUUCGGAUUGCAUAAGAAGGGAGAAUCUUCUUUAUCAUGUUUCUGUCAAGGAGGGUAGCUUUGAGCAUUGGUUCCUCAAGCAUAUUAAGUUGCUAUUCAGUUUCAGUUUGCCAAGUGCUCCUAGAAGAAACCUGAUUAGUGAGCAACCUCGGCAGAAAGCAAAAUUACGAGCACCUGUUUUUGCUCCAGCCGCUGCCCCCGAGACUGAACCCAAGACAAUAAGUCCAGGUCCAGCGCCUGCAAGUUCUCUAUUUGGAAAUUUGAGGUCUAUGUUUCAUCCACCAGCGCCUGCAGCAAGUAAACGUCCUUCUCGUAGUCCUCAACCUGCACUUGGAAAACAUUCUCCACCUGGUCUUCAACCUGCCGCUGGAAAACAUUCUCCUACUGCUCCCCAACCUGCAGCCGGAAAACAUUCUCCUCCAGUUGCAAAUCAACCCGAAAAGGACCAUGAUCAUGGCAGCAGACAGAUGGAAAUCAUUACUGCUAUUGCUACAACUGCAGUGACAACAUUUGCUCUUGUUGCUCUGAUUUUCUUCUUUUGUUUCACAAAUCGCCAAAACCAAAUUGGUCCUGGAGAUGGACAGAAAGAUGAUAGGCCUCUUCUCAACUUAAGCUCAUCUGCUGGUUCCUCACAGAAGUCUAUGAAUUUGGGAGGUCCGGGUGACAAACAACCUACUAAUGGUAGAGGAAAUAAUUCUUUCGCCGUAAGAACUUCGUCCAUGAAUGCUGAUAAUAAUAAAUCAUGUCCUUCUGAAGCUCCAUCAUCAGAAGCUGCUGCAGGGCUUGAUAAAAAAUCGCCUCCUCCACCUCCAACUCCUGGACCACCACCACCUCCUCCUUGCCCUCGUCCUCGUCCUAAAGCUCCACCACCACCUCCUCCAAAAGUACCUGUUCCACCACCAAAACCAAUCCCUGGUAAAAAGCAACCUUCACCUCUUGCUGGAGUAGCGGUUCGUGCCUCACUCCCCCCACUCGAACUGAACCAAUCUGGAGCUGCAAAAACCAAGCUAAAACCAUUUUUUUGGGAUAAGGUUCUUGCCAGCCCUGAUCACGCAAUGGUCUGGCAUGAGAUCAAUGCUGGUUCAUUCCAGUUCAAUGAGGAGAUGAUAGAGUCUUUAUUCGGUUAUACCGGGGAUAAAAACAAAUCUGAAGGCAGAAACCGCUCCAUGUCUUCCGAAUCUACAGACCAGUUCAUUAGGAUUAUUGACACUAGAAAAGCACAAAAUUUAUCCAUCAUACUGCGAGCACUGAAUUUGACAACAGAGGAAGUUGUUGAUGCUCUACAAGAAGGUAAUGAGCUUCCAGUGGAACUUCUCCAAUCCUUGUUGAAGAUGGCACCAACCGCAGAUGAGGAACUAAAGCUUAGAUUAUUCUCAGGCGAUGUCUCACAACUUGGGGCCGCAGAGAGAUUCCUCAAAGUCUUGAUUAAUAUCCCAUUUGCCUUUAAACGACUAGAGUCGUUGAUAUUUAUGAGUUCUCACCAGGAAGAAGUCUCUGGGAUUAAGGAGUCCUUCAUUACUCUCGAGGUAGCUUGCAACAAACUGAGAAGUAGUAGGCUAUUCCUGAAACUCUUAGAAGCAGUGCUCAAAACUGGUAAUCGGAUGAAUGAUGGUACCUACCGAGGUGGUGCACAGGCAUUUAAGCUUGACACACUCUUGAAACUAUCAGAUGUAAAAGGAACUGACAGCAAGACCACACUCCUACAUUUCGUUGUUCAGGAGAUCAUUCGUUCUGAAGGCAUAAGAGCUGUGCGUACAGAGAAAGCAAGCCGAAGCAUGUCCAGUGUGAAGUCAGAGGAUUUUAUUGAGGAACCUAACCUUGACUCAGAAGAAAAUUAUCGCAGCCUUGGCCUUCAGGUGGUUUCAGGUUUAAGCACUGAACUUGAAGACGUCAAAAAAGCAGCUGUAAUAGAUGGUGAUAGCCUAACAGCUGCAGUGUCAAAACUAAGCAAUUCGAUGACGAGAGCUAGAAAUUUCCUUGACUCUGAGAUGAAAAGUAUGGAAGAAGAGAGUGAGUUCUGUCAAAAACUGACUAAAUUUGCAGAGAGUGCAGAAGCUGAUAUUGCAUGGUUACUGGAGGAAGAACAAAGGAUAAUGUAUCUUGUCAAGAACACAGCAGAUUAUUUUCAUGGCAAUUCAGGAAAGGAUGAGGGGUUACGUUUGUUUGCGAUUGUACGUGAUUUCUUGAUAAUGUUGGAUAAGGCAUGUAAAGAGGUUAAAGACACAACGAAGCCCGUGAGGACAUGCAAGAAAGAGACUCUAACAUCAUCACCUAGCUCAGAAAAUCGGCAGCCAUUUUCAGAUAUGCGCCAGAAACUAUUUCCAGCUAUUGCAGAUCAACGAAUGGAUUUUUCCAGUUCAGAUGAUGAAAGCUAG